GGAGGAUGUCCCAGCCGCAGGGCCCAGUCCCCAGACACCCUCACACCCCCGGACCGAGUCAGGAAUAGAAACCACCGCCUCCGCCGCCCGCCCGCGGCCUCCCUCCUUCCCCGGCAGCGAUCGAUGCGGCCUCAGCCGCGGGGGACGGAGGAAGACAGGGAAGGAGGGGGCAGCGGGACCUCCACAGCAGCGAGGCUCGGCGGGGCCACCCAGGCAGAGACCCGCCCGGGGCGGCCAGCGGCUCCCCAGCCGUGGCGCCUUCCGGGGCAGACACACCAGGCGGCAGAUAAGAGAGCUAAAGCCCGGAACUGGAGGAGACUGGCCUUCGGCCGCACAACAGAUCUAAGGACAAAACCUCAACUCGCUUAAACGCCGAGCCCAGGGGCAGAGCGCCACAACCAUGGUGAGCGAGUCCCCAGGGCCGGGCGCCACGGUUCUCUGGCGGCGAAGCGACGAGGCUCUGAGCGUGAACGUGGGCGGCGUGCGGCGGCGGCUGAGCGCGCGCGCCCUGGCGCGCUUCCCGGGCACGCGGCUGGGCCGCCUGCAGGCCGCGGCGUCGGAGGAGCAGGCGCGGCGCCUGUGCGACGACUACGACGCGGCCGCCCGGGAGUUCUACUUCGACCGGCACCCGGGCUUCUUCCUGGGGCUGCUGCACUUCUACCGCACCGGCCACCUGCACGUGCUCGAUGAGCUGUGCGUCUUCGCCUUCGGCCAGGAGGCCGAGUACUGGGGCCUGGGCGAGAGCGCCCUGGCCACGUGCUGCCGCGCGCGCUACCAGGAGCGGCGCGUGGCGCGGCCGCGCGCCUGGGACGAGGACAGCGACGCGCCGAGCAGCGUGGACCCAAACCCGGGCGAGAUCUCCGACGUGCAGCGCGAGCUGGCGCGCUAUGGCGCGGCGCGCUGCGGCCGCCUGCGCCGCCGUCUCUGGCUCACCAUGGAGAAUCCGGGCUACUCGCUGCCCAGCAAGCUCUUCAGCUGCGUCUCCAUCGGCGUGGUGCUCGCCUCCAUCGCCGCCAUGUGCAUCCACAGCCUGCCCGAGUACCAGGCCCGCGAGGCGGCUGCCGCCGUGGCUGCGGUGGCCGCGGGCCGCAGCGCGGAAGACGUGCGGGACGACCCGGUGCUGAGGCGUCUGGAGUACUUCUGCAUCGCCUGGUUCAGCUUCGAGGUGUCCUCGCGCCUCCUGCUGGCGCCCAGCCCGCGUAACUUCUUCUGCCACCCGCUCAACCUCAUCGACAUCGUGUCCGUGCUGCCUUUCUAUCUCACGCUGAUGGCUGGUGCGGCGCUCGGCGACCAGGGAGGUGCGGGCGGCGAGGAUCUCGGCGACCUGGGCAAGGUGGUGCAGGUGUUCCGCCUCAUGCGCAUCUUCCGCGUGCUCAAGUUGGCGCGCCACUCCACCGGGCUGCGCUCACUGGGCGCCACGCUCAAGCACAGCUACCGUGAGGUGGGCAUCUUACUGCUGUACCUGGCCGUGGGUGUGUCAGUGUUCUCCGGUGUGGCCUACACAGCUGAGAAGGAGGAGGACGUGGGCUUUGACACCAUCCCAGCCUGCUGGUGGUGGGGCACAGUGAGCAUGACCACCGUGGGCUACGGGGAUGUGGUGCCAGUGACGGUGGCCGGCAAGCUGGCAGCCUCGGGCUGCAUCCUGGGGGGCAUCCUGGUGGUAGCGCUCCCCAUCACCAUCAUCUUCAAUAAGUUCUCUCACUUCUACCGGCGCCAGAAGGCUCUGGAAGCCGCAGUGCGCAACAGUGGCCACCAGGAGUUUGAAGACUUGCUGAGCAGUGUUGAUGGGGUGUCGGAGGGGUCUCUGGAGACAUCCCGAGAGACCUCCCAGGAGGGAAGGUCUGCAGAUCUGGGGACCCAGGCCCCCAGUGAGCCUCCAAACUCUAAGAUUUAUUAAAACCAGGGCUCCAUGUUUCCCUCGCCACACCCUACACUCAGCUACAACAGAGCAGAGACCCGUCCCCUGCUGAAGUUCUUCAUGGUGGCCUGGCCGCUCAGGGUCACUUCCUGGCCUGAGAAUCGACACCCAGAAGCUGGGUCCCUUCCUCCAAAGGCUCAGGGAAGGACAGUGUUAUCCUAGAUUAUGUGAGCUUGAAGAGCAACCCAGAGACCUUUAUAAACAAACCUCCAAGCCAUCUGGGAAGCAGCAUGAGCCAGAGGGAGAGAGUCAAAAGGAUGCCAACAAUUCCUUGCCACCUGCUCUUAGCUAGAUCACAUAUGGCCCUACGCUGGAGGAUGAGAAUUAACCCCAUUUCACAGAUGAGGAAACUAAGGCUCAGAGAGGUGCAAUGACUUGCUCAAAUGGCAUGCAACUAGAAGUGGUAGGGUCAAGUUUGGAAUCCAUGCUUGUUGGUCUGCCAAUACUGUUUCUUCCGGUCUGUCUUCCCUCACGAAGCUUGCGUAGGGUUUUAGUAAGUUUAUGGGCCCCUAGGGUUGAUCUACUUAGAUUUCUCUGUCAGAGCUAGGGAAAGGAUGAGACGGGAUUCAGAUGUAGGAGCCCUGGACCUCACUUGUGGUUCUUUUCCAGGAGCUUCCAAAAGGACUCAGCUCCCUAAGAUGAGGCCUGGGAGGAAGAGGGAGCUGCCUCCUUAGAUGAUGUGCAAGAUUUGCGAAGCAAUACCUGUAGCUUCCUCCCUGGGCUGGCUUGAGAUACAGAAAAGGGGCCCUGGCCUGAGGCCUGAAGUCUAGAUCUAGUCCUACCGGAACCUGAUUUGUGAAGUAGCCAAGUCCCUGCCCCAUCUCCAGGUUUCAGCCCAUCUGUGAAAUGGUCACAGUCUGGGCCUAGAGGGAGAUGAAAGCCAAUGGAACAGGGAGGUAUUGAUUUCCAGCCAGCCUGGCUCAGAAAUGUUGGUGGCAGGAGCUGCCAUGAAUGGACAACUGGUCCCCCACGUUGGAUCCCCCCCAGUCUGACCACAGCACUUCUGUCUGCCUACCCUGCAGACCUCCAGCCAUAUCUUGAGUUACCAGCCAGGCCAGUGCUUGAGGCUCCUGCCCUUUCGGCCAGCUCCAGCCCCUCAUUCUUGCUGGGGGCAUAUCUGUAUAACUCACCUACUGAAUCCUCUCUACUUGCUAAAGAAGCUGGGAGGCAAGGGUCCCCUAGCCCUUUCCCACACUGUUGAUAGGACAUCCAUCACUGUACUGUCAUUGUCUGGCUGUGGCUCUGUCUGUCCCACCACAUUGAGCUUCAAGAUGGGGGACACUGUCCGGAUGAACCUGGACUUGGUGCACAGUAGGUAUGUAGUAAAUGCUGAAUGGAUCAACCAAUUUGUACAGCUACUGUGUGCCAAGCACGAGGGAGGAAGAGGAAAGAAAGAGCCCGAGGGAGACCUUGCCCUCUAGAGGGUGUAGACAAGCCUGUCAAGGAGGUCCUUUCAGUUCUGUCCCCUCUCCCUCCUUGCUUUUUUGAGGCUUUUACAAUGAUUUCCUUGUAGAUGCUUCACUCGCUCAUUCAACAAAUAUCCACUGGAAAGGUCGUAAGUUGGGGCUUCACAUGUGGCCUGCAGACAGGUUUCACUGAGCUGAACAAUAUUUUUAGUGUAUUUUAAAAAUGUGAAUGCCCUUGGGUGAGGCAGGCCCUCUCCGUUCCCCAUCGCACCCCCCCCCACACACACACAGCAGCUCCUGUGUUAGCCCCACCACUUAGAUUUACUUUACCCGCGUGGGCUGUGAUUUAUUGAUGUCUUACCAGAUUCAACAGAUAGAAUGCCAAGCAAAAUAUAUAUCCCUGUGUCUUGAAGCUUACAGACUAGUGGGGAGACAGAUUUUAAUCCAAUAAUCACAUGAAUAAAUAAUAAUAAGCUCUACUAAAUACAAGAACUAUAAGGGUAUAUAAUAUAGCAGGGACCAUUGACCAAGAAGGUCAGAGAAGACUUUCGUGAGCAAGUGGACAGUUUAACAUAUGAAUCAAUAGAAAUUAAUUAGCAGGGGGGCAGGGGAAUGUUUUCCAGGAAAGCAGUGUAUUCCAAGAGGGAACAGCAUGUGUGAAGGCCUCAUAUCAUACACAUAGGCUUUCAGACGUAGAUGGUUUCAGUCGCCAGAUUGGAGCAGAGACGAACUGAGCCAAGGGUGCCGCUCAUGAAUUGACCACACACACACCACUGGCCCUCCUGCAUGCUCACCUUGUGACAUCUAGGCCCAGCUCUGCCCAGUCAAGGCACAGAGACAGGUGGGCUGCAUGCACCCACCCUCAUGGUCUUGCUGAACACAGCGAGGAGCCAGCUAGCUUCCAACUUUCUGACCCCACAGACAAGCCCCUAAAGCCGGUGUGGGGAAAGCUCAGGAGAGAAUCGUCUGGCCUGAGUCUAUCACAAAGUUGUGUGUGGUCCUGACAGAAAAGCAACAACUCCUUCCCACUCCCAUGUAUCAAUGUAGCCAUUAUGCAAAUAAAGAGGCUGGGCCCAGGGGCCUGU